UCGCCGCAUCGUUGUGUCCUGUUCGCUCUACUUCUAUUUCACCUGUGUCUUGUGGCAUUGUAUCGAGUUUGUAGAUGCAGUUCGAUAGAUUGCACCGAAAUUCUUUUAGUGCAGCAUUCCAAGAUAAAGUGCCAUUAGACUAAUUCACAAGCUAAAGGAAAUAGUUCAGUUUUUCAUUCAUGUGGAUAUAACGAAUAACAACUCAUAGGAAACAAAAAACACCCGUCUUUUGGAAGUUAUUUGCAAAAUUUUAACCAAAACAGAAAACAGCCGUUUGUUAAAUGCUGAUAACAAGGCGCCCAUCACGUGAGUGAAGUCAGCUGUCGUCAUGUCUAGCCCGAUGGAUACAACAACCUUGACCGUGGCCGUGUCCCUGCUCGUGGCCACCCUUGCCCAGACCAUCACGUUCGACGUGCAGGAGGAGCGCCCGGCGCCCUUUCUCUUCGGCAACAUAUUCGCCAAGAUGAACAGGGCCGGUAACUCGAGCUCCACCAUCAGUCAGGUCUCGCGGUCAGACCUGUUUCGAAUCAACAAAGCCACCGGGGAUAUUUCCUCCAUCGUCGUCUUGGACGCGGAGAAGCUGUGUCCGGAGGUGCUGGUGUGUUUCCUCACCAUUACCCUCAUGGACGAGGGCACCACCCCUAUCACCUACCCCACCGUCCAGGUCAAUAUCCUCGAUAUAAACGACAGGAAACCCGAGUUCAAUGUUCAGAACUACGUCGCGAGUUUCUCCGAGGACGUGAAAAUCAACUCGACCGUCAUGCUGCCCGCGGCCACCGAUGCGGAUAUAGAUCCAGCGAAUCAGGUCCAGAGCUACAGACUGGACAAUAACUACCCGAAGGUUUUUGAUUUGGUGGUGGAGAAGACCAAGAAUUCUGACGGCACGCCGAAGUUUAUGGUCAGCCUUCGUGUGAUUGGUCAGCUGGACAGGGAGACGGUGGCGUCCUAUUCUCUGUCUCUGGUGGCGUCUGAUGGGCCUCAUGAGGUGAAGCUGCCUGUACAGGUGAAUGUGAUUGACGCGAACGACAACGCGCCUGUGUUUAGCUCGGGGAGGUUCGAGAGAAGCAUCAAAGAGACGACGCCCGUAGGCUCCACUGUUCUCAUAGUUUCCGCUAGCGAUGCCGAUGAAGGAAUCAACGGGAAGGUGGGGUAUAAAUUUUAUCAAGCCAACGCCAACUACAAAAUUUCUGAACUUUUUGGUAUAGAUCCAUCUACCGGUGAGAUUAAAACGUUGCGGAGUCUGGAAACGGAAGGCGGUUCUACUUUCACUUUUAAAGUGCGGGCAUCCGACAACGGCGUGACGCCCUCGUCUUUGUUUACUGAUGCCGAAGUGGUCAUCACGGUCGAGGACACAGUCAACGACCCACCCAAGAUUAAAGUUGUUUACCUGAACCAACGUGGCAACGCCGCUGCCGUCUCGGAAGACGCCGCCCUCGACACCAUCAUAGCCGCCGUUCAAGUCACGGACAGCGAUUCCAACGAGAACGGGAUGACCAGCUGUUCCCUGAGCGGCGAGUUCUUCGCCUUCAAACAGCAGCAACAGAACUAUUACACCGUCUCGGUGGCGAGGGCGCUGGACAGGGAAACCAACUCGAACUUUGUCCUCCCCAUCGUGUGCGUGGACAGGGGCAGCCCCCCGCUGUCCAGCACCGCGCAGCUGUCCAUUGUAGUGGACGACGUCAACGACAACCCGCCCGUGUUCAGCCGGGCCGUGUACGUCAUGAGCGUGAAGGAAAACCAGGAGAUCGGGGAGCUCGUGGGCAGCGUGACCGCCAGGGACGCCGACACGGGGGCCAACGCCCGCCUGAGGUACGCCCUCGACCCGGGGGUGGUGGAGUUCGAGAUCAACGAGUCCAACGGUUACAUCUACACGGCGGUCCGCGGCCUGGACCGCGAGACCACCAGCAAGUACACGCUCCAGGUCCUGGCGUUUGACGAGAGCCUCUCCCCCCUGACCGCCACGGCCACCGUCAUCAUCGACAUCGAGGACCUCAACGACAACUGGCCGGCGUUCGAGCUCCCCAGGUACAAGUUCCAGGUGACCGAGGGCACCAAACCCGGCGCUGUCGUGGGUCAAGUCACCGCGACCGACCCUGACCUUGGCUUAGGCGGGAAAGUUGAGUACAUCCUGAUCAACUCUCCCCUCCAGCCCGACCCUCCUUUCUCCCUGUCCAUCGCGAACGGAACCUUGACCCUGACGAGUACCCUGGACUACGAAACCAGCCCGAAGUUUCACUUUGUCGUCACCGCCUUUGACUUGGGUAAGCCGCCGCGCAACUCGUCCGUGGAGAUUGAAAUCGAGGUCCUGGACGAGAACGACAACUUUCCCCUCAUCACCUUCCCAGGGCCGGACAACCAGAGCGUGGUGCUCAACCUGGACGUCGCCCCCGGUCACGAGGUCGUCAAGGUCAUCGCUCACGACCCUGACAGCGGUGAAAACGGCCGACUGACCUACUCGCUGCUCACCCCCAACACGACGGUCUCCCGAUUGUUCUGGAUCAACCAAGACACCGGGCUGGUUACCUUGGUAACGCGCCUCACCGCCACGGACAUUCAGAGCUUCAACAUUGUCAUCAGCGUCCACGACAACGGCAACCCGCAGAAAGAGACUCAGGCGAACCUCCGUGUGGACAUCGUCGAGCAGACGACCAAAACUCGAUCACGUGACUCUUACAUGACCAUCGUCAUCAUCAUGGUGUGUGUGACAUUGUGCGUGGCCGUCAUCGUUUUAGCCACGCUGUGCUUCAUCCGGUUCAUGGACAAGCGGAAGUUCAGCCGCGAGAAACACGUGGACAAGCAGACGUUCGACAAGGUCGCGAGCAGCACCCAGGUGUACAUCACGGAGGGGGGUGGGGACGACGUUCUGGAGAAGGUCUUAGCCACCAGCCCCCUGACCUACCCCACCGUCUUCCCCGAGCCUCGCCUCGGCACCCAGACACGCCCCGGGAAGAAAUGCGUCACCUUCGACAGCGCCGUGCCGUGUUCCGACACCUCCGAGACGUCAACUUCCCAGCCGGACACCGGCUUCACCGGCGGGUUCUCCACUUUUAACCCGGCCCCGCCCAACUCCUUCAACCGCACCAGCUCCCCAGCUUUCAACCACAGCUUCCCACAGCCGUACAACAACUUCAGCAGCGGCCAAAUUCCAUUCGUGUCGCCGGCCCCGUUCUACCCCUCCACGACGAACUCUCGAACCGGCAGUCAGUUUCCACAGAAGCCAGACAGUGGGUUCAACAUCAAGGUGUUUGAGGAGGAGGGCCCGGGGGACCAGCUGGUUGACGUGGCCCUACAGAAACACAACGCCCUGGUCAGGUCGAUGAGGGGAGGGAGACGGCCGCCGUGUCCAAACAAACAGCAGGUGAGGCCAGCAUCAACCAGCCACGACACGGACCUGUGCAGCAGUUCCUCUGUGGAAACCAGCGACAGUGGUCGCGGUGGUAGUGAGUUGGACGUGUCCGUUCUCAAGAUGAACGUUUGAGUAUCAACAACUCGCGACCACCGACAAACAAACAUACAACAACCGUCCUUGACCAUCACUCGUGGAUUACCCAGACCAACACCUCGUGGAAGUGGACCGAGGUACUAGUGCCAGCAUACUCCAGAGUGCCAGAUAAUCUCCAAAACCCUAUUGGCUGUUACAAUGGGAUGCGUACGAUGACGUCAUCCAUGUGAAACUCGGGAGCAACAUUGUGAAAAUAAACGAGACCAAAUACAGAGAGAAGCCAGAGACUGAUUUCUUUCUUUCUUUUAUUUCUUUACCCAAAUGAAUAUUAUUAUUUUCUUUCUGUUUUUAUUUUCCCUGUCGAAUUCAGACAGCUUAUCUCAUCCUUCAUUUUAAAAGAUUAUAUUUUGGUUUGUUUCAUUUAUUUACCCAGCAUGAUCUGAAAUUUUGCUCGACCUUCAUCGCUCUUGUUUUUGUGCUAGGGAGCAUGGUGAUCCCCCGUCUAACAGUGACCUCCCCUGUUUUACAUCUCUGUUACUUCCCCCCCCACCCCGCCCUCUCUUUCGUUCGCCCCAGCUAUCUGACAACCCCCUCCCCUCCAGCCCUGAUUCGUUUGUCCUGGCUAGCUGUGCACCCCCCGGGGGGAGACGAAUCAAUUGCUGUUCUGUGAUAUUUCGUUUCGGUUGAAACUGGCAUGUCAUUUUUAUCAUCCUGUUGAGUUGAAAGGGAACACGCCCGGUGUUGCUGGUUCCUUAACUCAGCCCAGUUCAGAGAAAUCGUUCAGAUAAUUCGACAAGUCUUUUAGUUCUUUCAACUCAUGAAUUCAUUUAGAGAUUAUUUUUUUUUGUGUUGUGUUGUUUUCAAUUUUUAGAAAUGUACAUUUAUGAUUUUGUUUUAACCUAAUAAGAUAAUUGAACUUAGAGAAGGG